AUGGCCAUGGCUGUGUUUGUGCGGAUCUACAAUGCCUGGGCAACGCCAGGUGAGACAGUGGGUGUCGAAGUGACCACCGGUCCCCUCGGUCAGGGCGUGGCGACCAGCGUAGGCAUGGCGAUCGCCUCCAAGUGGCUGGCGGCGAACUUCAACAGGUUGCUCGACUCAGAGCAGUUGGGCGUGCAGCCGAUCUAG